AUGGUAUUGAAGGUGACUCAGAAGGUUGUUUUGAAAAGCUUAGCUACUGAUGUGGAAACUUCUUGGUUUGUUUGUGGAGACUUCAACGAAAUUAUGUAUGGAUUCAAAAAAAAAAGGCUGCUUAGAGAUGAAAGAAGGAUGGAACUUUUUCGAAGAACACUAGAGGAAUGUCAACUAAAUGACGUGGGCUUUGAUGGUAGCUGGUUCACUUGGGAGAGAGGAAAUUUACCUGAGACGAAUAUACAAGAACAACUAGACAGAGGUGUCGCUAACACAGAUUGGAUUAAUAUGUUUCCAGAGGUGAAAGUCCAACAUCUAGUGCAUUCUUUUUCAGACCAUUGCCCUCUUCUUAUUAAUACAAGGAGAUAUGAAGAACGAUUGAGGAACAAUAAUUUUAAAUUUGAAGCUUGGUGGUCCUUGGAGGAGUCUUUCAUUAUUGAAGUCAAGAGUUUGUGGGAGAAAUCUUCAGGGGAGCUAUUACAAAAGCUAGAAGACUUGAAAGAAGGCUUAAAGAAGUGGGGUGGGAAAAUUCAAAUAAAUAGGAAAAAAACAAGACAAAUCCCAACGGAAAAACUUGUAGAGUUGGCUGAAGCUGAAAGAGAUGACAAUAACUUAGCUGAGUUGACUGGUACAAAAAUUAAUUUGAAUUUUGAUAUCGAAAAAGAUGAAUGUUACUGGAAACAAAGGGCUAGAAUAAACUGGUUGAAAUUUGAGGAUAAAAAUACAACAUUUUUUCACAGUCAAGCAUCACAGAGGCGGAGGAAGAAUAUCAUUCACAAGCUAGAAAAUGAAAACGGAAGAGAGAUGGUGAGCCUGUAUGUAACAGCCCGAUUUUGA